AUGAGCCGAUACGCUUUAACCAUCUCGCUCUUCGCAAUCUUCGCGUGUACUGCCUCAGCGGCAAAUUGGAAGACCACUGAGGAAAUAUGCGACGCCUAUGGAUCCUACAAUUGCGUCUUUGCCACCGCGGAUGACUCAGGCUCAGUCACUGUCCACUACCAGCCAAAGGCUGGGUGCGAGGCUUUGGACGGCUGCUACUAUACUAAUAAUAAGUGCUACUCGAAUUCCACUCACGAGACCACGUGGGGCAACAUGGCAUCCCAUUUCAUUGCUGUGGCUGGUAACAGUUCCGUUCAUGAUGAAUGCAAAACAAAAACCACGGAAGCCACAUGCCCUUCUGGUACCUGUUUUUGGGAUGGAACUGACUCUACCUGCAACGGCUCUUUUGACUCUUGGGUCGCCCACGGUACGAGCGCAAAUGCCCCCGAAGCCAUGAUGGGUUACCUGAAGGUCUCACUUACGUCAAGUCGUACCUGCUCUCCGUUGAACACGAACUCAACAUGCAACGCCAACAAGGUCUGUAUGUGGGCGAAAACUAUAUCUUAUCCCUCUGGGUAUUGCUAUUUGACGGAAGAGGCAGCCAUCGGUUUUAUGGCCUCAGCGUGCCCAACUGAAGCUGGAUAUGGUGCGUCGGUUAUGAACAUCACCCUCGCCGAGGCCCAGGCCAUCGUAGCUGUCUCCCAAGCCGGCGAUGUCACCCGCGGCGCGCUCCUUUUCGCCGCCUUUACCGCCCUCCUCGUUUUAGGCGUGUGA